GCUGUUUGUUUCGAUAUGGUAGGUGACAGCCACGAUUACGGACAGCAACGGGUUUGGGGUACCAUCGGGUGGGGUUUUGCGGCAAUGGUCUCGGGGUUUGCGGUCGACUGGUGGUCACCGGGCCCGGCAAAAUCGUACACCCCAGCUCUCAUAGUCAUGACGAUAUUUAUAAUUCUCGACGUUAUUGCGUGUACCAAAUUGAAGUUACCCAAUAUCGACCCUCCAACUAAUAUCGUUAAAGAUUUGCGAGAAUUACUGUCCUCGACAAGUACAACUGCGUUUCUUGUUUUCGUGACGAUUGCUGGAGUCUUGGACGGGGUUUUGAUAUACUUCUUACUGUGGUACGUGGAAGAUUUGGCCCUGGAGGCGCAAACAGCUAAUGUGAAAGUUGUGGAAGGUUUCGUGGUUGCCGCAGAAACGUUGGGAACCGAAAUAUUAUUCUUUGCGAUCGCUGGUAAAAUUUUGGAUAAAAUUGGCUACCAAACUUGUAUGAGUCUUUGUAUUAAAGCAUUUGUUUAA